GGGGCGGGUCUUGCCUUCCUGUCUCAGCCACCGAGGCCGCCGGGAGCUCUCGAUUCCUCCUGAGUGGAAGGGUCUGCGCAAGCGUGGGCUUCCAAGGAUUCCAGGUUCCAGGGGGCUAUGCAGCCUCGGGGGCCGGAGGGCCGCCCUCGGGGUCCGUCCGUAAUAUUCGUGCACCCCGACUUUGGCGUAGGUGGUGCGGAGCGGCUGGUGCUGGACGCGGCGUUGGCGUUACAGUCUCGCGGCUGCCGCGUCCAGGUGUGGACGGCGCACUAUGACCCGGGCCACUGCUUCUCCGAGAGCCGUCAGCUGCAGGUGCACUGCGCUGGAGACUGGCUGCCCCGCAGCCUGGGCUGGGGCGGGCGCGGCGCCGCCCUGUGUGCCUACCUGCGCAUGGUCUACCUGGCGCUCUACAUCCUGUUACUGAGCGGCGAGGAGAUGGACGUGAUCGUGUGCGACCAGGUUUCCGCUUGUAUCCCAGUUUUUAGACUGGCCAGACAUCGGAAGAAGAUACUGUUUUACUGUCAUUUUCCCGAUUUACUUCUCACUCAGAGAAAUUCUUUUCUUAAAAGACUCUACAGAGCUCCCAUUGAUUGGGUGGAAGAGUAUACUACUGGCAUGGCAGACUGCAUUGUGGUCAACAGCUACUUCACUGCAAAUGUUUUUAAAAAUACCUUCAAGUCCCUGGCACACAUAAAUCCGGAUGUCCUCUAUCCUUCUUUGAAUGUCAGCAGCUUUGACAACACAGUGCCUUCAGAUCUUGAAAAUUUAAUUCCCAAAGGAAAGAAGUUUGUGUUUCUUUCAAUUAACAGAUAUGAAAGGAAGAAAAAUCUAACUCUAGCUUUAGAAGCAUUACUUGAACUCCGUGGGAGAUUAGAUCUUCAGGAAUGGGAAAAGGUUCAUCUAAUAAUGGCUGGUGGUUAUGAUGAACGAGUCCUGGAAAAUGUAGAGUACUAUAAAGAACUGAAGAAUUCAGCUAAUCAAUUUAACCUUAAUCACCAUGUUACAUUCCUUAAGUCUUUUUCAGACACACAGAAAAUCUCUCUUCUCCAUAAUUGUACUUGUGUGCUUUAUACUCCAAGCAAUGAGCAUUUUGGCAUAGUUCCUCUGGAAGCCAUGUAUAUGCAGUGUCCUGUCAUUGCAGUCAAUUCAGGUGGACCUCUGGAAUCUAUUGUAGAUAAUGUGACAGGGUUUUUAUGUGAACCUGACCCAACACAAUUUUCUAAAGCAAUGGAAAAAUUUAUUAGAAAUCCUUCCUUGAAAACAACAAUGGGGUUGGCAGGAAGAUCCAGAGUGAAGGAAAGUUUUUCAUUAGAAGCUUUUACAAAUCAGCUAUACCAAUACAUAAGUAAAUUGACAGAAUAAUUAUGCCGUUUUAAAACCUUUUCUAGAGGCAGCUAGGUUAUACAGAGGUUUCAAGUGCUGGAUUUGGAGACAGGCAGACCUGAGUUUAAAUCCUGCCUUAGCCAAAUACUAUUUAUGUGACCAUAAACAGCUCAUGUAACCUCUCCCUCAAUUUUGUUAUUUGUUAAAUAGGGAUAAUAAUAGCACCUACCUCAUAGGGUGAUUGAGGAUCAAAUGAAAUAACAUCUGUAAAGUGCUUUGCAAAUAUUAAAGUAAAUAAAUGCUAGCUUUCAUUAGAUUGACUAAACUAAUUGACCUGGUUUCCAGAUUCAGUUGUAUUUAAAAAAAAAAAAGCACUCCAAAAUUUAUCUGGUACAGAAUGGAUUCAUCAUGUAUUGAAAAUAACAGGCUUAAUUCUAAGCCUCUUCAUCCUAUAAAUAUUUUUAAAAGGGAAAAAGCUGUUAUUACUGUCUUUAAAACAAGAUAAAAUCUGGAAAAAAUUUCUUAACAUUUAAAUUAUAUUCUAUCCAGGCACAUUUCACAGUUCAUAUGCAUUUAAGCUAAACAAAGUCAUGUGUGUUAUAUUUUAACUAGACAAUCUGUGGUUUUAAUUUCCUUUAACUGUAAUUAGAACAGUGUGUAAGAUUAAAUCUUAAGUCAUAAAAUAUCAGCACAACUAGUUAGCAUUUCUACAUUAAAAAUACUUGGUCAGUUUUACAUGGCUUGCCAUACUUAUGAAAAAAUUAUUUUUUUAAAAGAUCAAUUUAUAACAUUAUAAACUGAUAUUUUUGUAUUUUAUCUUUGCUUCCCCAAAAGUGGAAGCAAAUAUGUGUGAAGAAACAAAUACAACAGUAUUUUGGAAGCAUUUUUAUUUUUUAAUUUUGGGCUAUAUUUUUCAAUAUUGCUAUUAGGGGAAACAUGUUAGUACCAAAGUUUAAAGUGACAAAAAGUCAUAGAGGAGAUCUUUGCAGUAUAAUCUUCAAUCUCUCACUUUUUUUACAUAUGUAACAAAGCAUAUCAAAAGAUGAAAAUAAAUAUGCAGUGUUUUCUACAAAGGCACUCAGGUAAAAAAGGAAAAUUAAGAAGAAAAAUUAUAUCUCGGUAUAAAAAAAAAAUUAGUUCAGCAGUAUUUUGUACCUACUAUGUGCAAAGCACUUUAUGGUGUGAGAGUAUGUCAGUGGUCCUGUGAUCUUAUCCUUGGUGAACACUUCAUCCAGUAGAUAGAUCACAACCCAGCCAUAAUACACUUAUCUUGUUUGAUUCUUAUACAUCUUUCUGUAAAAUGAGGAUCCACCCAAUGUUCUAGAAGCCUUUCUAUGGAUCUUUUGAAUAUUUCUUGGGUACCAAUGCAACACAUUUUUUUUUGUCACAAGAUCUGUUAACCUUUUCUAGUCCUGCAUGCCCUUGAUGUGACUAUGAUAUUUAUCAGAUACUGUUAUUCAUGAUAAUAUUGCAACCUGUUUCCACUUACCAUAAAUUGUUCCUAUGCUGGCAUACUAUGAUGAUAUCUAAAAAAAAAUCACUAUAAAGAAAAAUAGUACUGAAAAAAAAGUGGGCUUUUGUGGUAACAAAUAGAUUAGGAUUGUUGAAAUUACUUUGCAUUUCCCCAAAUAAGAUGUCAUCUGAUAACCUGUUCAAUUUUGGAGUUAGCACUUUUUCCUAGAUAAGUGUACAAAUAAAUUAACAAAAGAGGA